AUGUGUAUUCUUUUAGGUUUAGAUUCCCUUGUUUGGAUAGAUGCUUAUUUAAAUGAAGAAGAGAAGUUUCGGGACAGUUACCAGGAAGUGUGGUCGAGUCAAAUGGUAUUUACAAUGAAUAUGACAAUCAAACACCAUCAGUUCAUGUUCUUAGUUCCGCCGUUGACUCCUUUGCUGUUACAAUCAAACACCAUCACGAACAACAAUGUCAAGCUACAUUUAUUACUAUUCAUUGGUAAUGAAAUUUGUUCUCCUUCAUUUAUGACUGGGCCCCUUCUAAAUUCACACGGGACAGGUGACUUAGGGUUUCUACAACACAAGAGCUAUUCAUUCUUGGUUUUGUAUUUUGGCACUUUUGGAUGUGCAGUUUGUUGA